UAACACAAACAAAAAUAGGCAAAUUAAGUAUGGCUUCGAGUCGGGAACUCAACAAUUUGUUUUCGAAUGCCAUGAAAGGGCAAUGGGAUGAAGUUUUGAGAAUCUACAAGAAGAGCCAAGAAGCACAAAAGGCAAAAAUUACCAUAUUAGAAGACACUGUGUUACACAUAGCAGUUUCAAGUGGACAAACUGAGACAGCAAUUGAAUUGAUUAGUAUUUCAGAAAACAGUAUUUUGGAGGUUGAAAAUGCAAGAGGAAACACAACUCUUCACAUUGCAGCUGCACUUGGAAACUUGGUUGUUUGCACAAGUAUGAUUGAGAAGAAUCCAAACCUAACCGCCAUUCGAAAUCACUACGGUGAGACUCCUGUUUUCUUGGCAGCUCUUAAUGGUAAGAAAGACACUUUUCUUUAUCUGUAUUCUAAAGAUAAAGAAGAAUCCCUUGUGAGAAGAAAUAAUGGUGAUACAAUUCUCCAUGCAGCCAUUUCUGGUGAAUAUUUCAGUUUGGCAAUGUGCAUAAUAAAUUCUCAUCCUGAUCUUGCUGAUGCUAUAAAUGAAAACGGUUUAUCUCCUCUUCACAUUCUUGCUAGUAAGCCUAAUGCAUUUCGCAGUAGUACUCGCCUCGAUCUCUUCGAUCGAAUCAUAUACCAUUGCCUUGUCGUGGAUGAGCUUAAGGAGAAAACACCUGAUUUUGAAGCAUAUAUUGCAAAGAAAACAAGAAGAAGAACAAAAUCUCUUAAUUAUCCUGAAAACUACAAGACUUGCUUAAACUUUUUUGGGCUACUUUUCUUUGUGUUUCAUGUUUUAUUUGAUAAAUUGUUAAUGACAAAAUGGAUGCUUUCUUUACGUGGAUUGUCUCAAUCAGAUUCCCAAUUGCAUAAAGAAAGAAAGAAAAAUGAUGAAGAAAAUUGUUUUGUACAAGAAGAGGGGACAAUAAAAGUAUUUUCAUCUGCAAUGAGUUUAGAAGAUGAUAAUACCGAAGAACCAUCUUUGGCAAGUAGUUCGAGUUCUAGUGAUGAAGGUGGUCUCACACAAAGUGAUGAAAAUCCUCAGUUUCCACCUAAUUAUGAUAAAAUUGUAUUGUUUUUAAAGCUUGUUAUGAAGUCCUUCUUAAUCAUCCUCGGAAUUGGCAUUUGGAGGAUAAAGAAAAUCCAAAGAAAAAAAGAGCUACACAUGUGGGCUAGACGAGUGAUGAAUGAAUUGGUUAAGCAUACUACUUCAUACAAGUUUUAUGACAACACUGGAUUAUAUCCUCACAAAAAAACUAAUCGCGGAGAAGAAGUAGUAGAAGAUUUUCUAAAUUCUAAUGUUGAUCCGAACUUUAUGGUAUCUGAUUCAGGCAAGAAAAUUCCUAUUUACCCGAGUUUUAAAUAUUACCAGAAAAGAAAAUCAUUUGUGAAACAACUUACACCAAUACUAAUAGCUGCAAAGAUGGGAGUGAGUGAAAUGGUUGAGAAGAUCUUAGUCGAGUUUCCAGUUGCUAUUCAAGAUGUUGAUUCUGAUAACAAGAAUGUUGUACUUUUAGCUGUUGAAAAUCGACAAUCACAGGUUUAUAAUCUUCUUUUACAUAGUAAUAUUCUUAAGGAAAGCGUUUUUCGCCAACUCGAUAAAGAUGGAAAUAGUGCUUUGCAUCUUGCUGCUGAGUGUAAAGAACAAAGGGCUUGGCUCAUUCCUGGUGUUGCCUUGCAAAUGCAAUGGGAAAUUAAGUGGUAUAAGUUUGUCAAACACUCGAUGCCACCACAAUUCUUCCCUCGCUAUAACACAAAGCAUGAGACCCCUAAAGAAAUCUUCAUCACAACACACAAAGAUCUCAUCAAAGAAGGUAGUAGAUGGCUAAGCAAGACUUCCGAGUCUUGCUCUUUUGUGGCGGCCCUCAUUGCCACUGUCGCAUUCACAACUUCAUCCACCGUGCCCGGUGGGGUCGAUCAAGGAACUGGCAUACCACUUCUGAAAGGAGAAUUUGCUUUUGAUGCUUUCUCCAUAUCGUCGUUGCUCGCACUCUGCUUCUCGAUCACUGCCCUAGUUUUCUUCCUCUCAAUCCUCACCUCUCGUUAUGACGAGAAAGAUUUCGCAAUGGACUUACCUCGAAAGCUUCUUUUUGGUUUGACAUUGCUUUUUGCUUCCAUAGCUUCCAUGUUGGUUUCAUUUUGCAAUGGUCAUAUCUUUACUCUUACACAUAAACUAAAGUUUGUGGCCUUUCCUUUAUAUGCAACUUUGUGCUUUCCCAUUACCUAUUUUGCUUUGGCUCAAUUGUCUCUCUACUUAGACCUCAUUUGGGCUAUUUUCAAAAAGGUUCCUCAGCGUAGUAACAAGGCAUUUCUACACUUAUAAGAUAUAUGUACAUAAUUCUCUACAAAUGCCCAAGUUUUCGGGGCAAAAUUGUGUGUCUCGCAAUUUUAUUGCGAAAAUUCUUAACUUGGGAUGAUUAUAAAUAAAAAUAAUUUUUAAAUUG